AUGGCCGAUGGUCAUGCCGAGUCAAGCAAGAAGCGAGAUGAGGAAUCAGAAGAGGGUCUUGACUUUUCCCCUUUCUGGGGCAUCGAAAAAGGCGCCGUUCUACAAGAAGCGCGGUGCUUCAACGAGUCUCAACUCGACGCGCGGCGUUGCCAGCAAGUGAUCACAAAGUUACUUUACCUCAGUAACCAGGGCGACUCGUUCACGAAGGUGGAAGCUACGGAGGUUUUCUUUUCUGUCACAAAGCUUUUCCAGUCAAGCGACAGCAAUCUAAGACGGAUGGUUUACUUGAUCAUAAAAGAGAUCUGUCCUUCUGCUGAUGAGGUCAUUAUCGUCACCUCGUCACUGAUGAAGGAUAUGAACAGCAAAAUUGACCUUUAUCGCUCAAAUGCGAUCAGAGUUUUGUGUAAUAUCACGGACGCUGGCCUGCUGGGCCAAAUUGAAAGAUAUCUGAAGCAAGCAGUCGUUGACAAGAAUGCUACUGUAUCUUCCGCUGCACUGGUCUCCGGGCACCACCUACUGCAGGUGAACUCCGAGAUAGUUAAACGCUGGAGUAGCGAGGUUCAAGAAGCAUUGAGUUCAAAAAACCCUUUGGUCCAAUAUCAUGCACUCGGACUUUUGCAUCGAAUCAAACAGAAUGAUCGACUAGCUGUCAGUAAACUCGUCACGCAGCUGUCGAGGAGUCCUUUGCGCUCCUCUCUGGCCCAGUGUUUGGUAAUACGAUACGUUGCACAGGUCAUUAAAGACACAAAGGUGGAUGAGGUGACUGGCGAAAGACCAUUUUUUGACUUUCUUGAGAGCUGCCUCAGGCACAAGUCUGAAACGGUCAUAUUUGAGGCAGCAAGGGUCAUAAUUGAAUUGAACGAGGUCACAACGCGGGAACUGCAGCCCGCCGUUACAGUCCUUCAGCUUUUCUUGUCUUCCUCUAAACCCAUUCUUCGGUUUGCCGCUAUCCGUGCGUUGAAUAAAGUCGCGAUGAACAACCCGUCCUCAAUGACAAAUUGUAACAUCGACAUGGAAAGCAUGAUUUCUGAUCAAAAUCGAUCAAUCGCGACAUUGGCAAUCACUACACUUCUUAAAACUGGAAAAGAAUCGUCCAUCGAUCGCUUGAUGAAGCAGAUAUCCACGUUCAUGACCGAUAUUCAGGACGAGUUUAAAGUUGUUGUCGUCGAGGCUAUCCAGGAGCUUUGCUUGAAAUUUCCACAUAAGCAUCGUAUUCUCAUGAAUUUUCUCUCUAAUGUUUUGAGAGAAGAAGGUGGAUUUGAAUACAAGAAAACAAUCGUGGACUGUAUUCUCUGCCUGGUCAAAAGCAUCCCAGAUGCAACAGAAGCGGGGCUCACUCACUUGAGCGAAUUCAUCGAGGACUGCGAAUUCACCUAUCUUUCAUCUCAAGUACUUCACCUUCUCGGCGAGCUCGGUCCAUCUACAGCAGAUCCAGGCAAGUACAUACGCUACAUUUACAAUCGUGUCAUUCUGGAAAAUGCGACAAUUCGAGCCUCGGCAGUCUGUGCGCUGGCAAAUUUUGGUUCCUGCUCAGUUGCCCUACGGGCUCGAGUCUUAACGCUUCUUCAACGUUGUCUGUAUGAUAAUGACGACGAGGUUCGGGACCGUGCUGCGUUUUUCUUGUCUGUGUUGCGGACAAUUCCGGAAACGGACUCCGAAUGCGUGGAAGAUCCGUUGAUAUAUCCAUUGGCGCCUUUGGAGGCAUCACUUCGACAGUAUCUAGAAAAUACUGGCGAUUCCGCAUUUGAUUUGGCGGUAAUUAAUCAGAUCCACAACAAUAUCGCUUCACAUCCAGACAUGCAUGCAAGUGCUUUUGACUGCUCGUCGAUGAAUAUAUCCUCGACAAAGAACGAUCUUCGAGAAUCCGAAAACAUCAUCACAAGCAGAGGCGAAUUCAUGAGCUAUGGUCCCAUCUUCAAGGUGAGCAGUUAUUCUUCCUCAGUAGUCAAUAGUUGUCACGCUGUGGACCUCACUGAAGCUGAGACGGAGUACAAGGUCACCUGCACAAAACAUAUUUUCAAGGAGCAUAUUGUUUUUCAUUUCAUGUGCAGUAACACAAUAGAGGAUCAAAUCCUUGAAAAUGUAUCUGUUGUGACGGAUCCAAUCGAAGGAAUCGAAGUGUUUGCCAAAGUGUCGACUAUUCCCCUGGGCACCAUGCCCCUUGGACAGUUUGGUUCCACAUUUGUCUCAUACAAACGAGCGCAGGGAUUGCAUCCAGUUGCAAAGAUGGCGUGCACAUUGAAGUUCACCUCGAAGGAAAUUGACCCAAGUAGUGGAGAACCUGAAAGUGAAGGAUAUGAAGAUGAGUACACUUUGGAAGAUAUUGAUGUCACUGUGACUGAUUUUUUAACGGGGAAUCCGUUGUCUGCGUUCCGCAAGGUGUGGGACACUCUUCCAAUCGAAAACGAAAAGGUGGGUGACUACAGCCUUGGCACUCGCGACAGCCUUGGAGAGGCUUUGGAAGCUGUUGUGGGCAUUCUCGGGAUGGCUGCUUGCGAAGGUUCGGAGGUGAUAGCGCCUCAUGCGAGAUCUCAUACAACUCUUCUAUCUGGAUUCUUUGUUGGCGGUCAUUCUGUUUUGGUUCAAUUGAAUCUGGGGAUGGGACCGUCGAACUCUGUCGCUAUGAAGCUAAUCGUUCGGGCUGAGAAACCCUACAUAGCUGAUAUGAUUCACACCCUCGUUUCAGAAGCAUAGAAAAUAAGAAAUCUACACAACCUCUGAGAAGAACCCGUUUUAUCACAUAGUUUGCUACCGUGAAAUAUAAUGGUAACUAUCCUCGAUAAUGUUCGCGACGUGUGUGCAUGUUCGUGAAGAUUGAUUUACUUUAUCGAACUCUUAUUCGCCUCGUCACAUAGAUUCACCAGUUCAUUGGGUAACAACAUAUGGAAAUUUACCGUGCGGUCUUCAUUAUUGGAAAAAGAAAUCUCGCACAUCUCAACUUUUUCUGGCAACAGCGUGGUACUGUCCAUCGUUUGCUUAAGAACUUUGACUGCCAAUUUCUUUGCAUCUAGGAUACUCAUAUGUUCAGUAUAGUCAGCUUUAAGAAUGGAAUGCGCAGCUUGACUGUUUGCACCAAUUGCUGUGGCCGUAAAGUAAGUGACAAAAAUAAACAAUUAAAUUUACAUCAGCACUUUUCU